AUGUCAGACCUUAUUAGAAGUCGUAAGGCAGUGACGACUGCACCGAGUUUGCCUCCCCCGGCUACGACGUCAGCUGCCACUGCUCCAGCACAGGUGCACGCCAUUGCGGUUUGUCCCCGAGUCCCCCAUGCACCGGCAUCAUCAGAGUCGUCAGUGGCGUAG